AUGGAUAUUGCAUCAAUCGUUACCGACUCCAAAAGCACAAAGAAAGUUCCCCGUCCUUUGAACUGUUUCAUGACCUAUCGAUUAGAAAAGCAACGAGAAAUAUUGUUACAAUGUCCCGGUACAAACCACCGUGAUAUCUCCAAAAUUACGGCGAAAUGGUGGAAAGAAAUGUCAGUUGCAGAAAAGGAACCUUAUCGUCUUAAGGCUUUUAAAGCCAAGUUUGACCACGAAAAAAUGUACCCCAAUUAUAAAUUUAACCCAAAGAAAAAGACGACUAAAACAAGAGCCUACAAGAAACGUACGGAGGAAGUAUUUACUGCACAGGAAUUUGCUCAACAACAAAAAAUAGCAGUAUUAUACCAUAAAGGUAUGAAGUCUAUUACACCACCUAACCCAACAUUGGAAUACAUGCCAACGAUUAUCGAAAAUGCAACAACGGUUGAAACCAAAGAAGAUAUUUGUUGCGCCACUUGUUAUUCCUCCGCUGUUCCUUCCUCCACUUGCUUUUCUACUACUACUACUUCUAAACAGGCACACCCUGAAAGCUUUCAUCCCGUUUCUUCUCAAUCUGUGUCACCUUCUCCUUCCAGUCCAUACACUGUUUCAGGUUAUUACGAAGAUCCCAGUCACCUUAAUUAUGCUCAACUUUAUCCCCCGCAUCAUUAUUAUGGCUCAUCGAAUAGACAUUCGUUAGCCUAUCCUUACGAAUCUUCCUUUCCACCAUCCUAUGCCAAUCCUAAUCAUACAUCGGUUUCAGCUCCCCCAAAUAAUGACUAUUAUACACCAGAAACAAAAAGUACAAACGAUGUCCGUAGACAAGCUUUCAACCCUUUAACUCAUACUACUUAUAAUGACACUCCUCCUCCCACCAUUCUAUCUCCCUUUUAUUAUCACCAAUAG